AUGGAUGAACAAGAUGUACCUCGAGGAACUGUAUCAGCCACAAAAGCUAGUUUGCUGCUUGGAAAGGCAUUUGUUGGUACUGGAGUGCUCUUCUUGCCUAGAGCAUUCAUGAAUGGAGGUAUCCUGUUUUCUUGCUUCAUGAUGAUAGCAGUAGCUUUCAUCUGCUGCAUUGCCUUCCUGUUGUUGGUGAGAGUUCGAUUGAUAGUUCGUGAGAAUUUUCAGAAUAUGGGAUUGGUGCUAUUUGGCAAGUACAUGCGGUUAGCAGUGCUGUUGUCCGUGGCCAUCUCUCAGAUUGGGUUCGUCUGUGCAUACCUGAUCUUCAUCUCUCAAAACCUAUUUGCAGUGGUACAGACAUUUUCGAAGUGUCAAGCCGAUCAUAUCGUUCAAGAGAAGUAUUACGUUCUCUUCCCCUUGGUUGCCUUGAUUCCUUUGGUCCUGAUCCGUCGUAUGGCCGUCCUGUCAUUGCCUAGCAUGUUCGCCAAUGUGUUUAUCAUUUUUGGUAUCAUAUACUUGUGGUAUUACUCGAUCAACGAGUUGGUCCAUAAUGGCGCAGGGCCUAAUGUCGCACUGUUCAAUCAAAAUGAUUUUGCGCUGCUUAUUGGAACUGCUGUCUUUUCUUUUGAGGGGAUUGGCUUAAUUAUCCCUAUCACUGAAUCCAUGGCGGAGCCUGAAAAAUUCCCUCGGGUUCUUGCGAUGACCAUGACAGUAGUAGCCUUGAUCUUUGGAAGUGUAGGUGCACUCUGCUAUGCGGCCUUUGGAAGUAACGUCCAGACGGUUGUCCUGUUAAACUUACCAAUUCAAGGUGGGAUGACUAUUACUGUCGAGAUCCUAUAUUCACUCGCCAUCAUUUUAUCUGUGCCUUUGAUGUUAACACCUGCGUCCAAGAUCAUUGAAUUUGGCAUCUUUGGGGAAAAGUCUGGUGCCGAGUUCUUUAAGGUCAAAAUGUACAAGAAUGCGCUCCGGACUGUGCUGAUCUGUAUAUGCGCUGUGAUCUCGUUGGUAAUCGGUAGUUCCAACUUGGACAAGUUUGUAGCGUUUAUCGGAAGUGUGGCAUGUAUGCCCCUUUGCUUCAUCUUUCCCGCCUUGUUCCACUACAAAGCUUGUGCAAAGACUAUGAAGGAAAAAGCAAUUGAUAUUGCAUUAGGAAUCUUUGGAGUAGCAGCUAUGAUCUUUACAUUGUUUAUCACCAUUCGUAGUUGGGUCGUUGUUGGUGCACCCGAGGCCCAUUUAGAUCGUUGCUCUGCCUUCCGCUAG